GUCAUGUGAGCCGGAAAAUAUGGCUACAUGGAAGUAGCGCUUGAGUCGUUUCGCCUCAUUCUUACGCUGUCGAGAUCUUGUCGAAGCGCUCUUUUGUAGCGAACGGGCUUCUUCUCCAGGACUGUGCGUUGGGACUCCAGUGUCACUGUCUGUAGGAGCGGACCGCGGUCGGGGGACGCGCUCACGUUCUGGGAGGUUCGACUCAGUCUGAGCGCGAGGAGCCGGGUUCGGUUGAGCGGCGCGCGCCGGUGCGUCUCUUUCUGCAUAGCGGCAUAUUUAGGACAGGGAGUACUGCUGCGCUCUGCGUGAAUCUGAAUGCCGUGUCCCUUUCCAGGACGGCACGGCAGAGGAUUUAAGGCGCCGAGUUCGUGGCCGGUUUGUCCCGCAGGCUGCAGCUCACUGGCCCGGUUCUCAUAACAUAAUAAUUGAAUUCCCGCUGUUCGAGUACAGCACGCGCCGGCGGGAUUGCUGCUCGUGUCGUGCGCCAGUGAGUGACGCAGUAGUCUGUGGAGAAGUUCGCUGUGUGCGCGCGGAGCUUUCCACAGACAGAGCAGCCUGCUCUACUCUGACAUGGUGGUGGUGUGUGGUGAGACCCGCGCGCCACCGGCACUGCUCCUGUCACUCACUUCCCCUUCACCUUGCUUUACUCAGUAAAUUACUGGGUGCUGCGUCCGCCGGGCUCGUGCUCGAUUGAUCACUGAGUGACGGCAGGGGUGUGUGCGCGAGAGGAGAGCUCCUGUGCUACUCCGCCGGGUUACACAUAACACAUAGCCUCAGCCUGUGUGACUGACGUGGUGUCCGGUAGAGGAGUGACAGACACACACAGACGGGGCCUUCGUUGGCAUUUUAGAGUUUAGUUAGUUUCGCACCACUUGAGCCCAGAAACCAGCGUUUUAUCCGCUCACAAUGAAUGCCGAAAAGGACUUCGCUCCGCUGACGCCCAACAUCGUGCGCGCGCUCAACGACAAGCUCUACGAGAAGAGGAAGGUGGCGGCGCUGGAAAUCGAGAAGCUGGUGCGGGAGUUUGUGGCCCAGAACAACUCGAACCAGAUCCGACAUGUGAUUCAAAUCCUGGCUUCUGAAUUCGCCUUAUCCCAGCACCCCCACAGCCGCAAAGGGGGGCUUAUCGGCCUCGCUGCCUGCUCCAUCGCCCUGGGCAAGGACUCUGGCCUCUACCUGAAAGAGCUGAUUGACCCGGUCCUCGCAUGCUUCAAUGACUCAGACAGCCGUCUGCGCUAUUAUGCCUGUGAGGCGCUCUACAACAUCGUGAAGGUUGCUCGGGGCGCUGUGCUGCCCCACUUCAACGUACUCUUUGAUGGGCUUAGCAAGUUGGCUGCAGAUCCAGACCCCAAUGUGAAAAGUGGGUCAGAGCUGCUGGAUCGACUAUUGAAGGACAUUGUGACGGAAAGCAAUAAAUUCGACUUGGUGGCUUUUGUCCCCCUGCUGCGUGAGCGCAUCUAUUCCAACAAUCAGUAUGCCCGCCAGUUCAUCAUCUCCUGGAUACUGGUGCUGGAGUCUGUUCCUGACAUAAACCUGCUGGAUUAUCUACCUGAGAUCCUCGAUGGACUUUUCCAGAUCCUUGGGGACAGCAGCAAGGAGAUCCGCAAGACGUGUGAAGUGGUGUUGGGAGAGUUCCUCAAGGAGAUCAAGAAGGCGCCCUCCAAUGUCAAGUUUGCAGAAAUGGCCAACAUCCUGGUCAUCCACUGCCAGGUGUCCGAUGACUCCAAAAUGACAAAUGACCUGAUCCAGCAUACAGCCAUGACAUGGAUGAGAGAGUUCAUUCAGCUCGCCGGCCGUGUGGUAUUGCCCUACUCCUCAGGCAUCCUGACUGCAGUGCUGCCCUGCCUUUCCUAUGAUGACCGCAAGAAGAGUACCAAAGAGGCUGCUAGCGCCUGCAACCACAGCCUGAUGAAGCUGGUGACCCCUGAGGAUGAUGAAGAUGAUGAGGAAAGCCAGGUCAGCGACACUCUGGCCAGAGAGGACAGCCAACCGAAGACGCAGGAAGAUCUCGACAAUUCACUAAACGCAUCACAGGAUUCUGGGGGACUCAGCAAUAUUAGCUUCUUCACUCCGGCAAGUUCUGACCGGGCUCAGGUCAUCCUCGAUCUGGAUGGGAUAGUGCAGGUACUCGGCCGACACCUGAACGACUCCUCCACAGGCAUGAUGACCCGCAUCGCCGUGCUCAAGUGGCUCUACCACCUGUACAUCAAGACGCCUCGCAAGAUGUUUCGGCACACAGACAGUCUGUUUCCUACUCUGCUCAAGACGCUGUCGGAUGAGUCAGAUGAGGUCAUCCUGAAGGACCUGGAAGUUCUGGCGGAGAUUGCCUCAUCCCCAGCCGGACAGAGUGACACCACAGGAUCGUGUGAUAACACGAGUUGCAGGUUGGAGCUCCCGGUGUCGGCGUCUACAAAAGCAGGACAACCAUGCGUGUCUUCAAAAUCUGCAGCGGAUUCCACCCCAUCUACACCCUCCACUCCCAGCAUGAACUCUUACUUCCACAAGUUCAUGAUCAACCUGUUGCGACGCUUCAGCCUGGAGAGGAAGCUGCUGGACAUGAGGGGUGCCUUCAUCAUCAGGCAGCUAUGCCUUCUCCUCCAUGCUGAGAACAUCUUUCACUCCAUGGCAGAGAUCCUACUGAAAGAGGAGGACCUGAAGUUUGCCUCCACCAUGGUGCAGACACUCAACACCAUUCUGCUGACCUCUGCUGAGCUGUUUCAGCUGCGAAACCAGCUGAAGGAUCUGCGCACACAGGAGAGCUGCGAUCUGUUCUGCUGUCUGUAUCGCUCCUGGUGCCACAACCCUGUGGCAACCGUCUCGCUCUGCUUCCUGACCCAGAACUACCACCAUGCUUACGAUCUCAUCCAGAAGUUCGGUGACCUGGAGGUAACUGUGGACUUUCUGAUCGAAGUAGACAAACUGGUGCAGCUCAUCGAAAGCCCCAUUUUCACAUACCUGCGCCUACAGCUGCUGGAUGUGGAGAACAACCCAUACCUGAUAAAAGCCCUGUAUGGUCUGCUCAUGCUCCUGCCCCAGAGCCAGGCCUUCACUCUGCUUUCGCACCGGCUGCGCUGUGUACCCAACCCCGAGCUCAUGAGGACAGUGCCUGACCUGAAGGCCUCUCCGAGCUCCAGGUGCCCUGCUUCAUCCAAUGUUGACUACGGAGAGCUGCUUCAGCACUUUGACCGGGUCCAGAGAAAGCACCUGGAGGUACGCCAUCAGCGCGCCUCUCGGGCUGACUGCUCAGACCGGAAGAUGGUGCUGUGAAGCCCAAGGAACCAACAAACCAAGAUCAUCAGCUACCGGCAGAAAGACUUACAUUUAUAAAGUAUUGAAAGUACUGUAGGCAUGAAAGAUGUAAUGUAGUUAUUGUUUUCCUGUUUUGGAUUUUUUUUUUUUUUUUUUUUUUUUUUUAAAACUAGUUUUUGUUAAGGUGCCAUUCUGAGAAGGUAUUGUGGUGGGAAGAGUAUGUUCAUUGGUGUGUGCACACAACACAAACACCACAGGUACUGUUGUACUAAGCAUGGCAGGGUCCAAUUCUAUGUUAAAGCAAGAAAGUUAAAGCAUGAAUCCUGGAAAGAGUGUUUUGUUUUAUUUAAAAUGCAUUUCCUGCCUUGCCUUGUCUUGUUUGAGUCUCUUGGUCAAGGCAUUUAAACCCUUGGACAUCAAUGAAAAAACAUACUCUUAAUUUUGUCCCUUGGUUUGAAACCAAGAGGCUGGUUUUGAUCUGUUUUUAAGCCUUAAUUUCAGUCACUAACAUCCUAACAAGCUGAACACCAGAGGUUUCAAUGUGAAGUGAGUAGGAAGGAGGACAGAGGAGGCAUAAGACACCUCUCUUACUUGGUCAGGUCUUACUGAAUAAUGUCAGAUCAGUUUUGUCUGUAGUAUUGUGCAGUUUACCACGAUUGUUUUCUCUUCUGUAUCUGCUUUCCUUGGUGGAUCCAAUGAUGCCUCCAUCUGCCUUUAUCCUAAUCCACUGCCAUCUCUGUUUAUUUCUUCCUUUCACUUCUCUGCAUUUAGUUUUCUCUUGAAUUUAUAUUUUAUUGUCUUUGCUUCUUUUAUUUUCUUCUCCCCAAUCUUCUUUUUUCCGUCAUUGUCAUACCCCUCUCCUACCUCUUUCUUACCAUCUGAUCCCACUUCUCUCUUACCCUCUUCAAGCACACUGCAUGCUUCCUGUGAAAUGACUACUCUCUGCUAUCAAGAGAAAAACUGGUAAAAUGUGGACCAUAUGUUAUCACUUUAUUCUGGCUUUUUUUCUUGCACUGCCCAUCUGCCCCCUUCAUGGGAGCAAGGUGACAGACUCCUUAACUCUACACUCCAUAUACUCUGUUUAAUGUACUGGGCCAUGGAUAUACGUAGUCUUCAUUAUAUGUCUGUAUGGUCUUAGCCAUGGAUGGUUGUGGUGUCAUCCCAGAGGAAAGGCAACACUGACCUGAACAACAGUGCAAUAUCAUAUUUGUCUAACAGCCACAUGCAUCUCAAAAUCAAAAUGCUUCAUGUGCAGUUUUGAGGACAUUUUUUGUGGUCUUCUGGCUUUAAUGUAAUUCACAUGCUUGAAUUGAAUGAAAUGUUUUGGUCACAAUAUUUGCAUUAAAUCUUAGCUAAACUGUA